CGAUCGAAGCACACCCUCCCGGAGCUUCCGUAUGAGUACUCCGCCCUGGAGCCGACGAUAUGUCGUGAGAUUAUGGAACUUCAUCACCAGAAACAUCACGCUGGCUACGUAGAUGCUCUCAAUGGCGCCGAGGAGCAGCUGAAAGAUGCUCUCGCCAGUGGGGACACAUUGAAGGUUAUUCAGCUGGGCCGAAACUUACGGUUCAACGGUGGAGGUCACAUCAAUCAUUCCUUAUAUUGGGAAAAUCUUUCACCGAACUGUACGACACCGUCCAAGGCCUUGGAGAGUGGUCUGAAGCAAAAUUUCUAUAACAAAGACGAUUUUAAGCAGCUGAUGCGGGAGGCGGCGUUGGCCGUGCAGGGCUCCGGUUGGGUUUGGCUCGGAUGGAACAAACAAACGAAAACGAUGAAAGUGGUCGCUUGCGGCAAUCAGGAUUCACUCGAAGCGACUACUGGUUUAUUACCAAUGCUGGGCAUUGACGUUUGGGAGCAUGCUUACUACAUCCAGUACAAGAAUGAUCGUGCCAAAUACUUCGAUGCUCUGUGGGAGAUUAUCAACUGGAAGGAAGUUUCCAAGCGAUACGAGAAAGUUCGGUGCGUCAUUGAGAAGUAG